CGCUUGAACUUUAAAAGAAGUCUCUCAUCUUUGGGUCUUGCCAUGUGAAAAAAACCUUCUCUCUCUUCCUCUCUACAUUUCUUGUGCAGAUCUUGGGCACAUUGAAUCAAACAGGAAGCAUAUCAAACACAAAGUUGGGGUUUUGGUUUGGGUCUGCAUCAAGAAAUGGAGUCCCUUUUCCCCUCACUCUCUGGAUCCAUCACCAAACUCACCAGCUUUGCCUUCUUCCUCCUCUUCUUGCUUUCUUGCUCCACUUUCACUUCCACAGAGGCUUAUGAUGCCCUUGAUCCAACUGGUAACAUCACAAUCAAAUGGGAUGUGAUUAGCUGGACUCCAGAUGGCUACGUUGCUGUUGUUACCAUCUAUAACUUUCAGCAGUACCGGCAUAUUCAAGCACCUGGUUGGACUUUGGGGUGGACAUGGGCUAAAAAGGAAGUAAUUUGGAGCAUGAUGGGAAGCCAAACUACAGAACAAGGGGAUUGUUCAAAAUUCAAAGGAAACAUCCCACAUUGCUGCAAAAAGGAUCCAACAGUUGUGGAUUUAUUGCCGGGAACUCCUUAUAACCAGCAGAUAGCAAAUUGCUGCAAAGGGGGAGUUAUCAAUUCAUGGGCCCAGGACCCUGCCAAUGCGGCAAGCUCAUUUCAGGUCAGUGUGGGACAGGCAGGAACAACUAACAAGACUGUGAGAGUGCCUAAAAACUUCACACUGAGAGCACCAGGGCCAGGAUAUACUUGCGGCCCUGCCAAGAUUGUGAAACCAACAAAAUUUGCCUCAGCAGAUAAAAGGAGAAUCACUCAAGCUAUGAUGACCUGGAAUGUUACAUGCACAUAUUCACAAUUCCUGGCUCAAAAGACACCCACCUGCUGUGUCUCGCUUUCUUCCUUCUACAAUGAGACUAUUGUAAAUUGCCCAACUUGUGCUUGUGGGUGUCAAAAUCACACAGCUGAUCCUGAGAGCUGUGUAGAUCCAAACUCUCCACAUUUGGCUUCAGCUGUUACCAGCUCUAGCAAAUCUAGCAGUGCACCUCUGGUCCAGUGUACUAGCCACAUGUGUCCAAUCCGAGUUCAUUGGCAUGUUAAGCUCAAUUACAAGGAGUACUGGCGUGUGAAGAUCACAAUCACCAAUUUCAAUUACAGAAUGAAUUACACUCAAUGGAAUCUAGUUGUGCAGCACCCCAACUUCGACAAUCUUACCCAGCUUUUCAGCUUUUAUUACAAAUCAUUAACUCCUUAUGAAGGCCUAAAUGAUACUGCCAUGUUAUGGGGGGUUAAAUUUUACAAUGAUUUACUCUCACAAGCUGGUCCUCUGGGGAAUGUGCAGUCAGAACUACUAUUUCGAAAGGAUGCAUCAACUUUUACUUUUGAAAAGGGUUGGGCUUUCCCUCGGAGGGUAUAUUUCAAUGGUGAUAACUGUGUUAUGCCACCACCAGAUGCCUAUCCAUGGUUGCCAAAUGCCAGUUCUCGACCAGUUAUCUCUCUACUUUGUCCAGUCAUCACAAUCUUAGCAUCAUUAGUUUUCUUGUGGGCUAAUGCAUAAUUAAUUACACUGAGGAAAUUGCUAAAAUCGUUGGUUUGACUUUCAAAGAAGCCAUCUGGUUUAUGUUUCUACACUGAAGCUUACUGGUAACAGCUGAUGGGGCUGGCACGAUGUUGGUGUGGCAAUUUUACAUGUUAGGAGAGGUUCAAGUGCACCAUUUCCUGUUCCUCGAGCAUUCUUCUGCAUUAUUAUCUAUUGUUGUUUUACAAUUUACGCAGAUUUUCUUGAGAGUUUAUCUGCUUGUUGUAUUCUUUUGUUUACGUUAUAUAGUUUUGACCCAUUUGUUGUAGAGUAUCAAGAAACAAUAUAUUAGCAUUGUAUGGAGGAACCACAUGAAGAAAUGUAGUUGAUAUAAGGUUCUUUUCCUUUCUCAUCAGUCAUUUAGUGUUUUUCAUCUGGAUUAUACAUGCAUGAUGAUCUAAUAAUGUACCAUAUCGUUU